UUUUUGCUUGCUAGAAUAGUGCAAUACAAGUUACUCCUUAUUACACAUAAAAUUGAAUUUGCUCGGUUGGUUCAUUUCUUAAAUGUAGUGAAGUCUUGAAGAUUGUAGUUUUCAUAACUUUUUUUAUUUUCCAAAGAGGAUGCAGCAGUCUGGGAACACUCCUCUGCAUAUUGCCGUAGUUGCUGUGAUGACAAAGAGCACUAAAAUCCUGGAGGAGGACAUCAGCUGCAUCUCUGAGCUGUUGGAGCAUGGAGCGAAUGCAAACACCAUAAACAAGGCGGGGAUGUCACCAUUGCAUCAAGCAUGCAGCCUUGGCAAUGAGGAGCUGCUGGAUCUGCUGCUAAGAUACGGAGCUAGCGUCAAUAAACUGAGCGGAGCAGGCGAGAGCUGUCUGUUUCUGUUUCUGGACCAGCGACCUAAUCUGAGGAACAACUCUCUCCUGAUGAAACUGCUUAGUCUGAGCUCCCCGCUCACAGUCUGCAACCAGAACGGCUGCUUACCUUCAACCUUAAAUCAACAAUGUUUCCUCAAACAGAGACGACAACUGUUCAACCUAACUCAGCAGCCAAAGAGGCUUCAGGAUAUUUGCAAAAGUCAGAUCUAUCUGAAAUAUAUCAGAGGACGACAGAAAGAACUUCAAAAAAUCCUUCCUGAAAGCUUGUAUGCUUUUGUCUUUAACCAGUGGGAGAUCAAAAACCUUUCCUUUGUGGUCGACUGAAAUUGAUUUUCCUCAAAAAAUAAAAUCAUCUAUAGGAAGGUGAUCUCCUGUUUAUCCAGAAUCCUUUCCUCAGAGAGCUCAAGCCUUAUUUAUAGGAAACAAAAUCAUCUCUACAGCUUCAGCUCAUUGAAGGAAUACAGUAAAUACCGCUUUAUGCAAAAAUAAAACAUGUUUGCUUGAUCUGUUUGCACCUUUUUGUUCUCUAAAAGAGCCAACUUCUUAUCAACUGUCACAGAUCCCCCAGCCUCACAGUAGUGACUGUAGAAGACCCAGAUUUGAUCCAGAACCAGGAGACCACAGAGGCCAUCUGAACUCAGACCCACCAAAAGCCUUUGCUAAGCUUUUCUAAGCUUUAGAGAAGCUGCAGUUUUCCAAAACGAAGAUCAACAUAGUGUGAUCAUUUCCUGCGUUUACUGUUGUUUAAAGGAUGCAAGGUGGUAGGGCAGGGUGAUAAACCGGUGGUCUGUCAGCUCAGCAUACCGCAUCAGGCCAGCAUACCCAUAAUAAUACACACGUGCACGCCUAUUACUGCACAAAGUCAAGACCGCAUGGAAGAGCCAUCAGAUCGCCAUACCCUUCAAAAAACACCAAAAAGUAGUCAUUAAUUAUUUUUUUUUUUGGACACGAGUAAAAAGGAUAGUUUAAAGUGUAUUUAUCGUAAUAAGCUUAAGAGAUACUGAGGUAGCUUAAAGUUUAUUUAGAGAAGGGUCUACUGCCAUCUACUAAACGCGUCCCAUACUAAACACACGUCCCGCCCCGCUAAUGGAGGAUACUGAUUUGGACAUUACGUCAUCUUGGAUUCAGAGGCUUGGCGGAGAAGAAGGAAGAUUAAUUAAAGUGAAUCAAACGUGAGCAAGAUGCCUGCUAGUAACUUGGCCCAUAAAAAAGUUAGAGUAAUCUUGUUCAAUGUUGGGAUUAAAGGAGUAGAUCAUUCCAUGAUCAAAAUGCUGUACUAUUUUACCAAGUAUUUUAUUUUCUUAUAUCAUAUCAUUUUCCAGGUAUUUCUAAGUUAAUUAAAUAAAACAGCAUGAUUGGCUGUAAGGAGAGCGGAGACAGAGGACACUAUGUAAUGCGUAUUAAUAAGGGUAUUCUGGCCUGAUGGGGUAUGCUAGCAUAUGUGUUUUCAAAUGUGUAUGUGUUUUAUCCACCUGGAUCUCCGCUCUUUUUGGCCCUCAUGUCCCUCCGUCGUCGGACUAAA